AACGUUACGAAUAACAACACACUCACAUUUGUGACGUUCUACACAUUAGACAUUGUCGGUUCAUAUUUAUUGUCCGAGGCAGGGGUACAAUUUUCAUCAGUUUAAGGACCCCAGGAUGUUGCGUCUGCGUUGCAAGACCAAAAAUGGGAGCCACAUAAUGCAGGGCCUGACCCAUCAGUCCUGUGUGCAGGAGCUGAAAAGCAAGAUAGAGGAGCUGACAGGUAUCCCCUGUGAUGUACAGAAGAUCAUGGUUGGUUACCCUCCCUCGAGCUUGGACCUCCGAAAUGGAGAAGCUCACCUCAAGGACUACCCCAUCAAAUCAGGAGACACUCUCAUCGUUGAGGAGGAGGAGAAGAACAAGAUGAAGACCCAGACAACAAAUUCAGCUGUAACCAAGGGACGCCGCCUGGAGUCUCCCCCUGUGCUGGCCAGAAGGAUCGUUCCAGCAGACAACUCCUGCCUGUUCACCAGUGUCUCCUACGUGGUGGAGGGUGGGGUAUAUGACCCAGCUUGUGCCCCUGAGAUGCGAGGCCUCAUUGCCCAGAUCGUGUCCAGCGACCCCACGGCUUACUCUGAGGCGGUUUUGGGAAAGACCAACGAGGAGUACUGCACCUGGAUCCGACGUGACGACACCUGGGGCGGAGCCAUCGAGGUGUCCAUCCUGUCCAAAUUCUACCAGUGUGAGAUCUGUGUAGUGGAUACGCAGACGGUGCGUGUGGAUCGAUUUGGUGAGGACGCUGGCUACCACAAACGUGUGCUGCUCAUCUACGACGGCAUCCACUACGACCCACUGCAGAAAGAAACUCCUGGCUCCGACGCGCCGCCCCAGACCAUCUUCUCCACCACAGACGACAUCAUCCUGGCCCAGGCCCUGGAGCUAGCGGACGAGGCACGAAGGAAGCGGCAGUUCACGGACAUCAACCGCUUUGCCCUGCGCUGCAUGGUGUGUCAGACAGGCCUAGUAGGACAGAAGGAGGCCCGGGAACAUGCUAAGGAGACGGGCCACACCAACUUUGGAGAGGUGUGAGUCAGAGCACUCCUCCCCCCCCUACCUCACAACCACCACCCCCAUGCCGCCACAUCUGUGUCUGUAUGAUCCUCUACCUCACUUGGUCCAGUGAGAUUCUGCAGACCCUGUGUUCUGUUUUACCCGUUAAGUAUUACUACUACAGCUGUCAGCUCACAGGCUACUCUACUGUAAGGUUCUGAUCUCAUAAAAAAUAUCCUCUACAAUUGUUUUGGGGACAUUUUUAAGCUCUGUUUUGAGUCUUUACACUAAAUGCAAAACAUGAUGAGUGAUUGUUUGUUGAAGUCUUGUUGCUCAGCAAUGUAUCGUUUGUUCAGUUUGUUGACACUAAUGGAGCAGAACUUUCUUAAUACCAAAACUGGAGAUGCCUGGAAAUGCCUUGCUUUUUCAGUUCUGACUUGUUGUGGCACAAUCGGCAUAGCAUUGCUAGAUAGUACUACCACAGAAAUCAGAAAUCUUUUUCCAGGGCCAUUGUGGCAUGAUACAUAUUUGAUUUCACACAUCAAUGACAAUAUUAAUUAAAAGGUUUUUGUUUGUGGAUGCCUCACUAGUACCUUGAAAAACAGUGACAACUGUUGCAAAAUAUCAAAUAUAACCCCAGUCAGUCACUUUUAUUAUUUUGCAGUGGCAAUGUCUUUAAUAUUUGUAAUAGCAGAGUUUAGCUAGAUUCCUUAUAGGUCAAUACAACCCUAAAUUAUUCAACAAUGGUGCUGUGACAACUGUAUAAGCUAUUGUAUAAGCUAUUACUGAAUUUAUUUUGUUAUUUUCUGCGGUGUGGGGUUGUCAGUCAGAGGUUGAAAUAUAACUCCAUUCACCUUGGUGUGGAACAUUAACAUUUCAUGCAAUUAUUAUCAUGCCAUGGCUUUUUAUUGUCAGAGAACCAUGGCAUGAUAAUAAUUGCAUGAAAUGGCACUCUGACAUUAAAAAGCCAUGGCAUUACCCACAGUGGGAUUGAUUUUUGUUUAUUAUAUUUAUUUGUGUCUAUUUUAUGGUGUAAUUUAACUGAACAAGUGUCAUUUGAAUCCAGGCUCUGUCGUAGCCGGCCGCGACUGGGAGACCCAUGAGGCGGCGCACAAUUGGCCCAGCGUCGU